AAAAAGCCUUGGACCUCUCGAUUUCUCAGUAAUCUAAAAGAGAGAAAAUGCCUUUAGAUUGUAUUAUCAAUAAAUGAUGAAAAGAAAUGAUGGAGAGAUGAUUUGUCGUAUGCAUCUAUGUGCGAGGUUAAAUGAGAAGACAUGUACCUUUUAUUAAUUCAAUGAUAUUUUUUUCCGAUUACAAUAAAAUGUUUAAUUAGGAUAAGUUAUAUGACGGGAAAGACUGUUGUAUGUCUUGUGUAUUUGGUUUUAUUCACUUAUCAUUGUAUGUGUUUGUUAUGUACUUUGAAUUUGAUGAAAACGAUACUGAUGAUGAAGAAGACGUGGUGGAGAGCGAAAAGGAAAUACAUAAAGAGAAAACGAAAACGAAAAAGUUGACACAGAGGGAUUUAUUCCGUUAAACAUACCGUUAUUUGAUCCGCUAUGAUGCAGAAUAUUCAUUUUCAAUUUAUGAAUUGAAUCGAGUACCUGCACUACAGUUUAAGAAACCGUAUAAGGUAUGUUCUAAGUAUGAACAACAAUCCAUGUUUACCUUUGUAAAAUCAUGUAUAGUGUGUUUUACAUAAAUAAGGAAAGAGGUUUUUUUGUAAAUUAAAGGAAGUGUCUAUCAUAUUUUGUUUUGAUAAUGAGAAGGAAUUUCGUGGAUAAAUAAGUAAGCGAUGUUUGUUCUCGAGGCCACGGUGCAUCUAGCAGCUGUGAGACAUAAGUUAAAAGGAUAUAGUAAGAACUUCAAUCCAACAUAGUAUUAUGGCUACUGUAUGGACAUGGUCAUAAAUUAUUUUCGAUGGAUGUAAUAGGGUUUAGCUAAGAGUUAUUGAAGGGUGCUGCACCCUGUUUCUGAAAACAAAUGUGCCCUUUCACCCUUAGCAGCCUGUCCAUUUUAAACCUGGUUAAAACCCAAAUGUUGUAUGAAUGCAGAAGCCCGAAUGUUGCUGGCCGAGAAGCAAACAGUACAAAGGGCAGUAAUACAAGUAAACGAUCCAGCAAUUCGAAGUUGGAGCAGAUGAGAAAAACGAAUGAGAAGACAAAGGCAAAACAGACUGCUAAUGGAGGCCGGAGCACAAAAGCUAACAAAAAAGCUACAGAUGGAGAAGAAGAGGAGGAGGAAAGCGAAAACGAAAAACAUGUGGAACAAAGGAAAGCAGAUCCGAAAAGGAAAAUAACAGCACCUAUGCCUUGUAGAAAAAGAAGAAGAAAAGAACAGGAAGAGGAAAGGGAUGUAGAUGAAGAAACUAGUGAUGAAAGCGAUGGAACUACUGAUACUGAUGAUGAAGAAGACAUGGCGGAGAGCGAAAAGGAAAUACAUAAAGAGAAAACGAAAACGAAAAAGUUGACACAGAGAAGCCCGAUUGUUGCUGGCCGAGAAGCAAACACUGCAAGGGGCAGUAAUACAAGUAAACGAUCACGCAAUUCGAAGUUGGAGCAGAUGAGAGAAACGAAUGAGAAGACAAAGGCAAAACAGACUGCAAAUGGAGGCCGGAGCACAAAAGCUAACAAAAAAACUACUGAUGGGGAAGAAGAAGAGGAGGAGGAAAGCGAAAACGAAAAACAUGUGGAACAAAGGAAAGCAGAUCAUAAAAGGAAAAUAACAGCACCUAUGCCUUCUAGAAAAAUAAAAAAAGAACAGGAAGAGGAAAGUGAUGGAGAUAAAGAAGCUAGUGAUGAAAGCGAUGUAACUACUGAUACUGAUGAUGAUGAUGAAGAAGAAGAGGAGGAGAGCGAAAAGGAAAUACAUAAAGAGAAAAUUCAAACGAAAAAGGUGACACAGAGAAGCCCGAAUGAUGCUGGGCGAGAAGCAGACCCUUCACGUGGCAGUAAUACAAGUAAACGAUCACGCAAAUCGAAGUCGGAGAAGACGAGAGAAAAUAAUGAGAAGACAAAGGUAAAACAGACUUCUUAUGGAGGCCGGAGCACAAAAGCUGUCAAAAAAGAUACUGAUGGAGAAGAAGAAGAGGAGGAGGAGGAAAGCGAAAACGAAAAACCUGUGGAACAGAGGAAAGCAGGUCAGAAAAGGAAAACAACACCUUUGACUUCUAGAAAAAAAGAAGAAAAGAACAGGAAGAGGAAAGUGAUGGAGAUGAAGAAGCUAGUGAUGAAAACGAUGGAACUACUGGCAGUGACAAAUCAUACCAGCAGAGGAUUCUAGAGAUAAAACAAAGGAAACUUCGGAUUGAGAAAGCCAAACUACGGAAACUUGGAGAAAUUGUAGAAUGCUUGAAAGGCAUACACACAAGCAUAAGGUCUACUAAAAGCAAACUAAAGAAGUUGUGAAAUGGUGUGUGCAUAAUUCGUUUGUACACGGUGCCUGCAAAUAUCAUUGUUUUGUAGAUACAACUUUACGCACGUAUUAUAAUUUAGGAUAGUAGACCACGUGAUGAUUUUAUCCUGUCACUUGCAUACAAAUAACAAGGUCCAAUAAGGUCCAAUAACAAGGUGCUGUGUGAACUUUAGUUUAUUAGGAUAGUAGACCACGUGAUGUUUAUCUACAGUCAGGUGGUCAUGUGACCACGAAAACGAACUCCUUUUAUAUAUUCUGCAAUUUCAGAGGAACAGCACAAAUGCUGUUUCAGUAUCUUAUCAAUGGACCACUUACAGCCGACCUCAACAAUCAUUCGCCCAUAAAGUCCCAUCAUUAAAAUAAUGACACUGGCAAAACAAUCGACCUGAAAUCUACAAGUGAUAUGAAAAUCUUAUCCCGCCCGCAAAUGCUGGAAACUGUAAAACAACAUUCAACGAUACUCGUCGAUAGUUUAUUCCAUUUCUGUGGUGUAUGAAAAACUCUCACUUCCAACAGAAAUGAAUGAUCUCUUUGCCGGUGCAGUUCUGAACAUCCAACACUAUCAACAUCAAUUAAAUCCAUUUGAUAUGUGGCGAUUGUUUGUAAACACUCUUGAUCUUGAAUCUUGACCUGUGUACUGUACUCUGUGACUUGAGGAAUAAUUGUUACAUUAUCUGAUAAUGUUAGGAGACUGAUCCAUGCUUAUGCACGUUUAAAAGUAUUUUUAUGUUUUGAAUUGAUAUUGACGUAUUAAAAUGCAAUGACUUUAAAUAUAAACGUUUUGAAAAAGUUGAACAGUUUUGAGAACUAUUUUGGGAGCGAUUUAAACAUGGAUACCGAGUGUGAUGACGGUUGAUCAACAGGGAAAAACAGUUGCCCUUCUUAUUUUUAAAGAUACUUAAUUAAUAAAUAAAACAAAGUAACAGGAUAAACAUUGAUAUUGCUUUUCGACUCUUUUCGGUUCUGGAGAAUCGUGCUUACUUAAGAAUAUUUGCUUUGAAAGGGAUGUCGUGUUUAGGUUAUAUCCAUUCUAUUUUUUGUAACGAGGUUUUAAUGCAGACAUUUUUGUAAAGGUUGCGUGUAAAUAUUUAUCUUAAAUAGUGUGCCAUAAUCUAGGUAUUAUAAUAAUAUUUUUCUACAAUUUCCGCCUUAAGGCUAUGAACGCGCUUAUGUCAAAUUUAAAAUUACACCCAAAACACGUUGUCAACCUUUUGAUGGAUCUGUUAGCUCAAUAUUGAAUUAUAUGAGUGGGGUUAUUUGAAGUCUCAAGAACUAAAAGGCUGCAUUUAAACUUUCCACAAGUAACUGUAGCGUUUACGGCCAAUAUCCAUUGCAUAUAAAUCGAAAUGUCCGGCUAAUUAAAUACUAACUUUAGGUCGUCAAUACAGAUAAUUGUAUUAUUAUUUUUUUAAACAAUCUAUCAUAUAUCGACUUUGUACAUGAAAACAUAAUUGGUGUAGCAAUAUUAAGAAUAUUAUCGACAAAUUUUGAUUUACUUUUGUAUGGAAUAAUCCAGACAGUGUUACUAUUAAGCAGUUCAUACCUAUGUUUAAGCAGACCGUUAUAGACAAUUUCAUGGAAGAAUGGCGAGAGAGUCUACAAAACAAGUGUGUGUUGACAUUGUAUAAACAUUUAAAACACCUUGAAUAUGAACAAUAUCUGGACAUUGCUACAAACAAAUCAUUGCAUAGCUGUUUAACGAGGAUGUGUUUAUCUGGUCACAAAUUACGCAUGGAGCCCGGACGAUAUGGACCGCAACGUGAGAAGAUAGAUGUGAUUAUAACAAAGACAUUAGGAAACGUUAUAUAAGCAAGUGUUACACUAGAAACGCGAGUUUGCAUUAUCAAAUAAAAGAUCGGUGUUCAAUCGUUUGUGUACUUUUAUAAGCAAAGCUAAUGAAAUAAGAAAUUUACUUACAAAUACUAUCCUUUAAUUUCAAUUGUUUGUCUUAAUGUGUUUUGUUUCUGUAUUAUUUGUAUUCUUACACCAACCCUUUGUGCUACAAAAAAUUGUAUGGAUGAGAAACAAUAUGUUUAAAUAUAGAUAAAUCAUCUUUCUGUUCUGUUUCUGUUCUGUUCUAAACAGGGGUUAUACAUAAUGUUUUGACUAAUUGGCUUGUUUACUUUGUUUCAUUGAAUCACCUUUGGUGCUUUGAUUUAGUAUGCAGUUUGUAACCAAAUGUUAUUCUACUGUACAUGCUUUUGAAUGUCAUAUAAUUAAGGAAUGAAUUAAUAAUGAAUAAAGAGAUUGUGAAACACUAUG